AUGACCAAUACACCUACACCUCCGCUACUCAACACCCCUGUUAGCAGUCCAUCUGUUGAUGCCGCCCGGCAGCUUUUGAGGCAGCUUGAUCCUAUCUUUGAAGCCCAAAGAAAUCUCCCCACAUUUGCAAACUCCGAGGACCUUGAUUUCCUCGCGUUGUCAAGUAUCAACAUUGAGGACACAUUAUCCGCUAUAAAGACCUUGCUCCCCACUUUGACACCCCAAAGCCCCAUUUUCGCAUCGUUUCAUGAUGGCCAGGUACAUAAUCCACUCGGUGGUGGCUCUUAUGCCUUCCAAAAGGAUCUCGUUGGGCCCAUCUUGCGAGCAUUGAUCGUCGACGAGGGGAUUGAAAGGGACCAUAUGGGAAGCCAUGAUGGAAAUUUCGCCCCAAAAGUUCAUUUAGGAGACUCACUUCAAGUUCAAGUUCCAACUCGCCCGAUUAUCAUCCACGCCGGAGCACAGCCAAACAACUCUCCUCACGCUGGCACGCUUGUCGUCUUCUGCUACGCCUUCGCAUUGGCUCGGAAGAUCCGCGAUAGAAUGCAAGAUGCAGCAGGGAAUAUCUCUUUGAACCCAUUAGCUGUCUCAGUUCAAAUCACUUUUGUUGAUACUGCACCAGUCAAUGGCCAACAGACUGAGAUAUCAGGCAUACAAUAUCAGAGGUCCCAUAGAGCGACCCCGGGGGCCCUUGAAACUCAUAUGGGCGACUACGAACAGAUUCUCAGGCUCUUGUCUACAUGGUCCAACAUUCCUUUUAGUAUCGACUUUCAGUCGGAUUUCUUUCGCAGUCCAGCUAUGCCAUCUAUCAUGCGCUACAUUAUCGAAAACCGCAUUCUACUGGGCCAUCAGCUUUCUCCUAAGUACGGCAAGUUAGCUCUGCGUGCGGCAUGCCCCCAUCCAGGCUGUGGGAUAGCCGAGAAGCAUGGGCAGCUUAACACUUACACCUACAAUUACAAGAUUCAGGCUGAUGAGCAAGAUCCGUUUCCGUUGUUCAGCAGCGCUGAAGAUGCGAUUACAUUUCAAUGCCCGCAUCAUGGCCGGCAUGCCAUCUGUAUCUCUAACCCAGCUGAUAUUGCACGCCUGGAAGCUAAUGCGCCAAUCCGCAAUCUCAUUCGCAGCAUUUGCCAGCUGAUGGAUACCGAGAAACAUCAUGUUCGUGUUACGGGUGCAGACUACGCCGGCAUGUAUCAGGAGAUGUUGCUCUAUCGUCCGCUGGCGCUCUGGUCGGCUGCGACGGGCUUAGCUCUCGGUCGGACACCACAUAUUGCGUAUGCUCCGCUGAUCGUGGAUUGGAGCGGUGCAAAAUUGUCCAAGUCUUUGUACGUUCGAGAGGGCGGGUAUGAGGCAAUGAGGAUGCUCGGGACCGAGGGGCUGUGCAGUUUUGCACAGUUGAAGAUGCAGUUCGGCGGAGAUGAGCAGAAGGGGCUCCGACGAUUGUGGGAGGAGGUGAAAAUGUGGUUGGAGGAUCCGAAGAAGUUGUUUCGGACAUUUUCGGUGGAGUAUCUUCAUCGGGUCAUUAUGCAAGGACAGAAAUGGAUGUGA